AUGGAUGCGAUGGAUGCAUGGAAGCAACUUGCAGAGAAGGCUGACAGUACAAGAGUAGAAGAGGUUGCGUCCUCUCUGAUGGACUGGAUCCAGCGACAUCAAGAAAGCACGACGGGCGAUGUGGACCGGCUGCGGCAGCUCAGUGAAUCGAAGGCUGCCGCGUUUGAGCUCGUGCAGGUCAAACACAAUGUGCACAAUAUAUUGUCUGUGGCCGAGUCGAUACAGCAGGAGUUAAGUGCGCUGCAACGGGAAGUGAAUGAGAAAAUGACUGUUGCGGAUGUGCAAGAACUGCUGGACGCCCAGUCGACGAUGAACGGACUGCAAGAGGUAAGGAAGCAAAUGCAAGCGAUCACACGGCAACUCCACAGUGAGAUCUACCAGGCCCGCUACGUCUGGAAUGAUGGCCAUCUCAGCGCAAAGCAAACGAUUCAGUGGAGCUCUCAGGUUGUCAACACAAACGCCGAUAUUUUUCUUUGGCAACUUCACUCUGACGAAGUGAGGAUACUACUGCCUGGGCUGUAUCAUCUUCAAGCGGCGUUCUUUACCAACUACAGCCCCGCUAUCCAAGUGCUUGUGAACGGAGAGCCAGCGGUGCUCAAGCGCACAGCACCAGGCAGGGAAGCGACGUCGUGUGGUGCCCAGCGUCUUCACCACAGUGCCGGUAUCGUUGCGGGCCUAUCGGUGGAAGUGUUUCUCACGCUACCGGCGAGAGCAUUAGUGGCGAUUUCGUACGAUAUCGAUGAGGAAGCGCAAGGCUUUUUGAACCUACGAAAGCUGUAG